GUGCCUGAUCGAGGGCCCGCCCUCGUCGUCAUGAUGUGGGCUCUCACUUCCGUCUCGCUCGUCACGGUCAUACUGCGCUUUGUAUUCCGCAUGCGGAAAAGGCAAAUGGGAUGGGAUGACAUCUUCAUGGGUGUGACUUGGGCGUGCUUCCUAGGCUGGUCCAGUGUAUUGACCCUCUAUGCGAACCGGGGCGGUUGCCAGCAUAUUUGGGAUGUGCAGAAGCGCGGGAUGGAGAACCUGACCAAGGUCAUGUUAUUGAACUGGACGUCCCAGAUCUUCGGCAUCGUGGGUGUUGCGGCCGGGAAAACGUCCAUCUCAGCCUUGCUCUUGUCCAUCUUGCGAGACACCGGGUGGACGUGGCAGCGGAUCUACAUAUGGACCGUGACGAUUGGCAUCGCCAACUGCGUAGCCAUCUCGUGCUCGCUGCUGACGUUCAUGCAAUGUAGCCCACCGCAACGCCUGUGGGAUCCUCGGAUCGAAGGCACCUGCAUUGACCCCAAGGUCAUGGCAGGCUACGGCAUCUUCACUGGAUCGUUCUUCACCUUUACAGAUGCCAGCCUCGCCAUUCUACCGCUCACCAUCUUCUGGAAGCUGCGCAUAAGCCGGCUGCAGCGGAUCCAGCUCUGCAUCGUCUUCGGCCUCAACAUCCUG